CCUGGACCAACAUUGGCGGCCUCGACGAGGCUACCGCGGGCCGCUCCGUGCUCAUCCACGGGUCCGCGUAGAUCUUGCGCCCCGUCAGCAAGAAGAUGGCCUUCGUCGUGCUGCGGUAGAGCAUGAACGCCCUGCACGUCGCCAGGGCCAACGCCGGCGUCAGCACACAGAUGGUGCGCUUUGCCACCUCCCUCAGCAAGGAGAGCGUCGUCGAUGUCGAGAGCAUCGUCACCCACCCCAAGGAACCCCUCAAGGCCACCACACAGCAGGUCAAGGUGCAGGUUAGGAAGGUCUACUGCAUAAAUAGGGCGAUCCCCACACUUCCGAUCAACCUUGAGGAUGCGGCCUGAAGCGAAGCAGAAUUCGACAAGGCUGAAAAAGUAUGUCCGUUUCAAAUUAUUUCAUUUGCCUCCUUUCUCUUUGCAGGAAGAGCUCCGUUUUUGUUCUAUGGUUCUUAUUCUUGCCAUUGUUGCAGGCUAAGGAGAAGUUGGUACUUGAUCUCAAGGACAUACGCUUGAACUACCGAGCUAUCGAUCUGCGGACACCUGCGAAUCAACCAAUCUUUUGCAUCCAAUGCCAUGUUGAGAACAUGAGUAGUAUUUCUCCUUGUUUGCACUGACCGACUGUCACCAUUCAUGCAGUAAGGCACACUGCUAUAACAAAUGACAUCUUCUGUUACGGCUAGCACCAUGUGUAUUGUUAUUAUUAUUA